GAGAUGUCAUAUUGUUAGCUCUCACAUCCGUCGUCCAUUUGUCCUGGUCCUGAUUUUCCUAGCAGAAGAACCUGCGCAUGCUCAAUGUGGCCCAUGUAAACUGUCUUCAAGUAACGUGUUCCACAAUGGAGGACGCCGUCAAAGACCGCGAAAACCUCUAUAAAAUGAUAAUAAGUCAGCUGCGAUAUGAUGGAUGUGAGGCCAUAGCUGCUAAUUUAGCUAAAACUACCAAUAUUAUGAGCCCGUGCCCUCCAUCUGCAAGACUACACCAGGUGGUCAACCUUGGGCUGCGAGCAGAAACAGAAGGUAGUAGACCAGAGAAUCAGCAGCUUCCUGGACUCACAAAUGCAAUUGGACCUUCUGUGGCUUCCAAAGGCAUUGAUCUGGAAUAUGAACCUGAAGAAUACAACGGGCACCACCGAAAUGGCCAAACUGAUGCCGAGGGGUACAUGGUAAACACAAAUGCCAAAAAAGCAUCGUGUAGCUCGGACAGUGGCGGGGAAUCUGACCGUGAAAACAUUCCCCCUCAAGAAGUCCAGGAACACAUCCUGAAAAUCACCAAAGCCAAGAUUGUUGCAGAAGAAAUCAAUGUUGUUUGCUCAAAUGGCGGGUACAUCGACCACAACGACGACCUGAACACCGAUAACGUCUGCGCACGCGUCAAGAAAGAGCUUCAGAAAAUGAACAUUUCACAGGAAGUAUUCGCCAAAUGCGUUCUUGGCAAGACACAGGGGUACUUGUCUGAGAUGUUGAAACACGGGGAAAAAGUGUUUUAUACUCCCGAGAAGGCGAACAGUAAAGGCAGAAUGAAUUUUGAAAAGAUGAGACAGUUUUUGAGCAAGCCAGAGGAGGAAAGACGUGCUAUUUAUGCUGCCAAGGCUAGACAGCUGAGGGAAGAGAGAUACGUGAGGAAGAGAAUGAGCUUGUCGAUGGCAUUUAAACAAGAAGACAUGAACGACUACUCACCAUCCCCCAGCAAAGCUGGAAAAUAUAACACGAGUUACGAUAGCUCCAUCUCGUAUCUCUCUCAAACACCAAGCCCCGAUAGAACACGACACACUAGCCCUCCCCGUCUACACUCAAGGGGUUCGCCUCCAGCUUUCGUCAAAGAAGAAAUGUCCAGCCCACAAAGAGAAAAGCCAGAACACAUGUCAAACGAUUUCCCGCAACACGAGGGACAUCCCGUGAUCAGGGAUCCUGUACAAAUUCAUCCUCGUGUGCUUUACAUGGCGAAAGGGGAUCCCACACGUCACAUAAAAGUACCAUCGUACGUAGUGUGUAAAAAGGAACCCAUGCCAGCAGUGUCUCGAGAGCAAAGGGACCCAGAACACAACCUUGUGGCAUCCAAAAUCGCUGCCUUAUCUCGAAAACAACCAACGCCUCUAAAAACCAGACCUGCUUCACGAGUGUCGUUAGAAAAAAACCACUUGAAGGUGAACUACGCUAAUGAAAGUGUACAUGAUUCAGAGAAGGAUUCUGACGGGUCAAGUUGUGGUAUUCCAGAAGACGUCGUUACCAUAGAAACCCUGCCAUUACAGAGUCUAGCAGCUGAUGACAUGGAGAAUAACGAACAGCCAUUGGUUCUUCAUAGAGAUUCUUUUGACCCAAAUAAGGUGGAGAUUGGCCAGAAUGUUUACGUUGUUCAAGUUGAUAGGACUGACGCAAUUCGUGUAACGAGCUCUAUAUGAAGUUCGUCCGAAACUUUAUCGACUUCUACACUAGUCUCAUCCGACUAUUUCCCGACUCAUAGCAAUUCCAUCCAAAGCUGACAGCGUCCAUAACCUCAAGUGCUAGUGGGAUUUUAACCGAACGCUGCUACAUUCACAUCAAACUAUUUUAGAAAACAAAUCUUUGUCUCGUAACAAGAUAAAGAUCUCAUUAUUACUAUACUAUUAUACAUCUAUUUACAAGAAUAUAAAAACAAUUAUAGGUAUUUAUGCAUUGAUUCGAUGAUUAUGAAAUUAUAAUAGGCUUUUUUCCUGGAAGAAAGAUUCGGUUUCAUUCUGUUUAAAAGAUGAUGAUGCUAUCGUAAAAUACAGUUCAGAGCAGAUUUCGUCUGAUUGUAGGACGUGCGGUACGAAAGUAGCACUCAAAUGGCUUUUGAAAUGAACUCAGUGUUGUGAUUGGAUGGUGCUUGUUAGUACCUCGUUUUGUGAUUGGCUGAGAGGAAAGCCAUUUGAAGGUCAAUGUACGGCACUUUACCGUCACAUUUGAAUGCUGCUGAAGUCUUUGUACAUAGAUCAACUCAGAUAUUUUAUGAUUAUGAAAAAUUAAUAUAAACUGAGAACCGGGUUUGAAGACGAUAAAACAGGUAGGCAGAACAGAAAACAGCUCUGAAAGAGUAAUAGAUUUACAGUGGAAACUAUGUUAUGGACAGAUAUUUAGGACCUUGCAAAAUCACCUUACGUUCUUUGUUUGAUAACUCCUCCUCCGAGGUUGAGAAAAAACUGGGUCGAAUUAGAAUUUCAGUGCCUUUUGGAAA